AUGCGUUCAGAUCUUGUCUAUGUGCUCAAUGAGGGCUCGCUGCUUGAAUAUACGGAGGAGAUCGCGCUAAUUUUUUCCAGCGCAUUCCCUGAGCCGCAGCGUGCGGAAUGGGUUGAAUCACUUACCAAGGAGGCCGCUGCAGUUGACGAGACGCAGGAGGCGGAUCAGGCGACCGCCAAAGCGUGCGCACUUGUAUCGAAGCUGAUCAAAUCCGCGCCUGGUAUAGUGGAAGGAAAGGACCGUGAAAUUGAGGGCUUGUACAAUUUACUGUUUGCGAUGCUCCAGCACUACUUUGCACCCACCGAUGCAGAGUACAAGGAGCUGCUCAUGCACCUUGUCAAGGUGGUCAGUGAUACCUCGUCACCUGCUGCUGGCGACCGUUCUGUCGCAAAGUACCGCGUUCUUGCGAACGCAUUUAACCUUUUGCCAGUGCAGUCGCCCGAGCGUGCGACGGUGUUCAAUGCACUUUUUUCGCUUGCGUCGUUGAAUGGCGACAUGGACUUUUUGUGCUACGCGCUCGACUCGCUGCCUACAUGGCUUGCGCAGUGGGAGGUUUUGCCGGAGCAGAAAAAUGAAUACCUUGGCAUAUACGCCGCAGCGCUUCAGGACUCGGAGUGUGAACCUGACCAUGUGAACAAGGCGUACCAAUAUUUGCUCUUGCACUUGCGUUAUAUUUCGAACGAAACUGCGCUGUCGCAAGAGACGCGACGUGCUUCUGCGGAAAAGAAUGUUGCCGACAUGCUGCGACUCCCCAAGCUGUUUGAGAUGGAGGAGGUGAUGAAUGUACCUGUCACGACCGAGCUGGACGGCACGCCGAUCUUUGCCCUGCUCAAGAUUUUUGUCGGCGGUACGCGCGUGGAUCUGAACCAAUGGGCGCAGUCUGCAGAUGGCAAAGCAAGCAUUGAACGAUUCCAUUUGGACUUGCAGGAUCUUGAGCGCAAGAUGCGCCUCUUGGACUUGGCGACAUUGUGUGCGCGCAGUGUAUCGUCUGAGGUCAGCUACCAGGGCAUUGCUGAAGUGCUUGGUGUCGAUAUUGCCGAGGUUGAGUCUUGGGUCAUAGACGUGAUCCGCGCAGGACUUGUGUCCGGUAAACUUUCCCAGGUGAAGCAGUCGUUCCGUGUCUACCGCUCGACCCACCGCACGUUUGAAAAGCCGCAAUGGGAGGCGCUCGAGGAGCGCCUCGUGCAAUGGCAAAAGAGCAUCCAGACGCUCAUUACUACUAUCAAAACUACACAGUCGCAGACACGCGCAAACAGUGCACUCGAGGCGCUGGAUGCUUCUACGCAACAAGAGCCACAAAACUCCGAGACUGCCGCUGCCGCGGCUUCCUCGUAG